AAUCUGACCUACCAAAUGUUCCUCAUAUUCGAUGUUCAUCUAUUGCUGCAGAAAAAAUCCAAGAUGACCUCCUCUCGCAGAAUGCAUCUGAAGAGCUUGCUGCUCUCACUUGCCAAAGCUGCGAUUGAGAAGGAAGAUGCAGAUCGGAUAGUGGAGAAGGAGAGGUACAUGGCAGAACAUUGUCAAGCUCUUCAAGUUCAUGGGAUUUCAAUGGCAGAAUUACAGGAUCUAUGCAAAAAAAUUCAUGCACGGAUAGAUGCGGCUGAUGAGGAGAGAUAUGACCUGCAAACCAGAGUUAAUAAGACUGCCAAAGAGAUUGAUGACCUGAACCUGAAAGUCUUUGACCUGAAGGGCAAAUUUAAGAGACCACCCCUCAAGAGAGUGCGUAUGUCGGCUGAUGCCAUGCUGCGUGCUCUGCUGGGCUCCAAACACAAGGUGUCCAUGGACUUGAGAGCCAACCUGAAGCAAGUGAAGAAAGAGGACACUGAGAAGGAGAAGGAUCUGCGGGAUGUUGGAGACUGGCGGAAGAACAUUGAGGAGAAGGCUGGAAUGGAAGGCAGAAAGAAGAUGUUUGAGGGUGCUGAAUAAAACAUGUCUCUAUAAAAACCAAAUACUGCAUUACAUCUAAUGUUUGUAAUAAAAUGUGUGUAGGUCAGUCUUGUUCUCAUUGGUAUUAGAAAUAUUUUGUGCUGAUUUAGUUAAUUUCAUUUAGAAUAAAUGAAUAAUAUAACAGUUGCAAUGAACAGGUCAGGAUGCAUUUGAGCUUAAUCCAUCUUCUUACUGCUUGACAUCAGGCCACAAUCUAUUGUAGCAAGAAAUGAGCGUUAUUUAGACUUGCCUUUGCCCACUUGAUAUGUUGAAUCACAAGUUGCUAAAGGAACAAUAUGGUAGUGAAUGAAAGGAGGAACUAAGACUUGGACAAACAACAGGAAUUCUGCAGAUGCUGGUAAUUCAAGCAACACACAUCAAAGUUGCUGGUGAACGCAGCAGGCCAGGCAGCAUCUCUAGGAAGAGGUACAGUCGACGUUUCAGGCCGAGAC